CACAUCCCAAUGUUGCUUCGGCCAGGCCUAAACACAGCCUUUCGCAGCUUUAGCACGACAGUAUGCAGGCCCGCUAACUUCAUCUCCAACAUUGGGAAGCAGCCUAUCAAAAUACCCGACAAUGUCACGGUUGAACGGACACCUACCGGAGUCGCGGUCAGCGGACCCCUCGGUUCAACCAGCGUACCCUUCCCAACCUUCGUGAAGCUUGACUUCGACGAGUCGCAGGCCCUCAUGGUCUCGGUAGAAGACCUCACCAACAAGACGCAGCGGUCAAUAUGGGGACGGACGCGGACGCUCAUCUCGCAUGCCAUUAUUGGCAUGACGGACGGUUUCACGACUCCGAUGUACCUCGUCGGCGUCGGUUAUCGUGCCGCACUGGAGGAUGAUCCUAUGGGAGAACGGCCGGGGUGGACUGGGAAGAGGCUGAACAUGAAGCUGGGUUUCUCGCAUCCGGUGUACGUCCCAAUCCCAGACCACAUCAAGAUCGAGGUCGUCUCGCCAACCAAAAUUCUCGCGACCUGCACGAACAAGCAAGUCCUGGGCUUGUUCACGUCUUCCGUCAGGAAACACAGGCCACCAGAACCAUACAAGGGCAAGGUGCGUUCUCCGUGUUUCAUGCGCCAUCGCUUGCUGAAAGCACGCCUUCGCACCAGGGUAUUAUUGUCGGGCAGGAGAGGGUUAAAAUCAAAGAUGUUAGAAAGAAGUAGACACGACGCAUCCUUGUCUCUACACUUGUGCUUCAGUACUAUCGUGAUUUCUUCCUCUAGUCAGCCGUGUUGCCCUUCUAUCUACCGCUGAAGUCUUCAUGUCCACGAUGGCGCAUUCCAGUUAGUUGAUACGUGUCACUGCAAGGAUGUGUAUAUAUUGGCAGUGCUUCAUGACACACCUCUUCAUCCCGUUCGAAACGAUGUUGCCCUCUGGCAGUAUAGCCGUCGAGCCGAUCUGCCGCUGGUAGGUAAUACCACGCUGUUCUCUUGUUCCAGUUCCGGUGAGUCGUGGCCCUAUCUGCAGAACGUUU